UACAAUUAGAUGUAGGUUUUGGGAGGGUUUAAGGCCAGGCGUAGCCGCCUACAGAUUCACCAAUUCCGCCAGUUCCUUUCUCAAGUUUUCUCUUCGAUCAGAUCAUUCAUUCCAUCAGAUUCAACCCAUUUAAUUGAGCUUGAAUCUUCCUCAAAGGCUUCUGCUUUGGCUUCAUCAACUGAAUAUGUGGAGAAGCCUGUCCGCCCAAGCUUCUUUGAAGAAGCUGAAGUUCAGGACUUCCAGUUCUUUCUUCCCUUGUAGCUCUACUAAUUACUUUCAAGAUUAUAGCUUUCCUGAAGUGGGUGUUAUCCCAGAAUCUUCGAGAAAUCAGUACUAUGGAAAUUCAGUAGUGGGCCGGCUUCAAAAUGGCGGAUUGGGUUUUCUGAAAGAUCAGAUGAGCGUGCUUAAUUUAAGCAGUCGUCUUAGGAGUUAUGGAAGUGUUUCGCAGGCAAUUGUUUCAACUGAAGAAGAAGACAGUGACGAAGUUCAGGAAUUGAUUGGAGAAAUUAGCCGGUUGAGUGAGAGAGAGUUCAGAGAUUCUGAAGGAAAACAACCUAAGUUAAUCGGUGGGAUGGGGCAAGGGAAGUAUAAUUUGCUAAGGAGGAAACAAAUCAAGAUGGAGACUGAAGCAUGGGAAGAAGCGGCUAAGGAAUAUCAAGAACUUCUUGUAGACAUGUGUGAGCAGAAACUUGCGCCCAAUUUACCUUACAUGAAGUCCUUGUUUCUGGGUUGGUUUGAGCCUUUGAGAAAUGCAAUCCUUGUGGAACAGGAUAAGUGCAAGGAAGGGAAGAAAAUGAGGGUAGAGCAAUUUGAUCAGUUGCCGGCUGAUAUGAUGGCAGUUAUUACAAUGCACAAGUUGAUGGGACUUUUGAUGACCGGAAAUGGAAAUGGUAGUGCCAGGGUGGUCCAGGCUGCGAGCUUGGUUGGUGAAGCUGUUGAGCAAGAGGCAAGAAUAUAUUGGUUUAUGGAAAGGACAAAGAAAAAGAAUAUUAAGAAGGAUUUAGAAGAGGGAGAUGAGAUUAAGGUUGAAGAACAGCAAAAGACAAGGAAAAAAAUUGAUUUCUUGUUGAAAAAGCAGAAGCAUAAACAAGUAAGAGAAAUAGUUAAAAAACAAGAUGAUGUGAAGCCCUGGGGACAAGAUGCCCAAAUCAAGGUUGGAUGCCGUUUGAUUCAGUUGUUGAUUGAAACUGCAUAUAUACAACCUCCGGUUGAACAGUUGGGUGACGGUCCACCUGAUAUUCGCCCUGCUUUUAUGCACACUUUAAAAACUAUCAUAAAAGAGAACCAGAAAAGCAGAAGGAGAUAUGGGGUCAUUGAAUGUGAUCCUCUUGUACGCAAAGGGCUUGAGAAAACUGCUAGGCACAUGGUGAUUCCAUACAUGCCAAUGCUGGUGCCCCCAAUUAAUUGGAGCGGCUAUGACAAAGGGGGAUACUUUUUUCUACCAUCUUAUAUUAUGCGGACACAUGGAGCGAAAGUACAACGUGAUGCACUGAGAAAAGCUACAAAGAAACAACUAGAACCUGUUUUUGAGGCACUUGAUACGCUUGGAAAUACGAAAUGGAGGGUCAACAAAAGGGUUCUUGUUGUAAUAGACAGAAUUUGGGCUAGUGGUGGUCGCAUUGCAGACUUGGUUGACCGGGAAGAUGUCCCCUACCCAGUAGAACCAGAUACUGAAGAUGAAGCAGAAAUCAAGAAAUGGAGAUGGAAAGUUAAGACGGUCAAGAAGGCGAAUUGUGAAAUGCAUUCCCAGCGGUGUGAUACAGAACUGAAACUUUCUGUUGCUAGAAAGAUGAAGGAUGAAGAUGGUUUCUUCUACCCUCACAAUCUUGAUUUUCGAGGGCGUGCAUAUCCAAUGCACCCUUACUUAAACCAUCUCGGGUCUGAUUUAUGUCGUGGCAUAUUGGAGUUUGCUGAAGGACGGCCUUUAGGGAAGUCCGGUUUACGAUGGUUGAAAAUACACUUGGCAAACUUAUAUGCUGGUGGUGUGGACAAGCUAUCCUAUGAAGGUCGAGUUGCAUUUACCGAAAAUCAUCUCGAUGAUAUAUUUGAUUCAGCUGACCGCCCUUUGGAAGGAAAACGCUGGUGGUUGAAUGCUGAGGAUCCUUUUCAGUGCCUAGCAACAUGUAUUAAUCUGUCUGAAGCCUUAAGAAGCUCUUCACCAGAGACUACCAUUUCACAUAUGCCAGUUCACCAGGAUGGUUCAUGUAAUGGCUUACAACAUUAUGCUGCUCUUGGGAGGGACAAGCUAGGAGCAGCUGCUGUGAAUCUUGUUGUUGGAGAGAAGCCUGCAGAUGUUUACUCAGGAAUUGCUGCAAGAGUGCUGGAGAUCAUGAGGCAUGAUGCAGAAUUGGAUCCAUUGAUAGAACCAAAUGCAGUGCAUGCCAAGCUUUUAGUUAACCAGGUGGACAGGAAAUUGGUUAAGCAAACAGUUAUGACAUCAGUAUAUGGUGUUACCUACAUUGGUGCACGAGACCAAAUCCUAAAGAGGUUAAAAGAACGUGAUGUUGAUGUCAAAGAAACUGAGUUGUUUGCUGCCGCCUGUUAUGCAGCCAAAACUACAUUGACUGCUUUGGGAGAGAUGUUUGAAGCUGCAAGAAGUAUAAUGAGUUGGCUUGGUGACUGUGCAAAGAUUAUAGCGUUGGAGAAUCACCCCGUACGAUGGACAACUCCUCUUGGACUUCCUGUUAUUCAGCCUUAUUGCAAACUGGGAAGACGCUUUAUCAAGACCUCUCUCCAAGUACUGACACUUCAACGCGAAACCGACAAGGUUAUGGUUCAAAGGCAGAAAACAGCUUUUCCACCUAACUUUGUUCACUCACUGGAUGGUUCUCAUAUGAUGAUGACUGCUGUUGCUUGUAACAGAGUAGGCUUAAGUUUUGCAGGAGUUCAUGAUUCAUAUUGGACACAUGCAUGUGACAUCGAUCAGAUGAAUGAGAUACUGAGAGAGAAGUUCGUAGAACUUUACGAGGCCCCGAUUCUAGAAAAUUUGUUAGAUAGUUUUCAGACUUCGUUUCCAAAGUUACAGUUUCCUCCUUUACCAGAAAGAGGAGACUUUGAUCUGAAAGAAGUUCUGAAAUCUCCUUAUUUCUUCAAUUAAUUGAUAUGGGUUUAUGACAUAGUCGGUUUGUCUAGUGAUGCAAACACUCGCAUGCUUCAUUGACGGCGUGCUUUGCAUUUCCGAACUGGUGAGCAGAUUCGUCGCGCUUCAUCAAUGGAAGUGGAGAAGUUUGUAUAUUUGAGCAUUUUUUUAGCCAAUACCCAUAUAAACCUGAUGGGAUUUGGUGGGAGCUUCCAUAACAAUAGAAAUAAUUGGAAUAGGUGAGCUCCAAUUCAAUUGUGAUCAGCUGCAAAGAUUGAAGUAUAACACUGAAGAAAGAAGAGAGGGGAUGCGGGCUAGAAGAAAAUGAUCUAGAGUUAUGGGCUAUGGUUAACCUUCAUACUGUAUUUUUGGGGUUAUUAGAAUUUUUAUAUACCAGUUAUUUGUAGAUUAGAUAUUAUAUAUUGAUGUAUACAUUUCUUCUAAACAUCUCAAUCUGGCUAAUAAUGUUAAGGGAAAAGAAAAUCAUUCAUUUUUUAAAUUUCA